UCACACGUGGUUUUGUUACAUACUGUAUACAUUUAGCAUAAAUUUUCGUAAUACCUUUUCACACUCUUAAAAAAAAGCAUAAGUUAUUUAUACAAAGAAUAUUAAUUUUUAUAAGGCAAAGAAAACCAGACUUGUAAUCGGAGAAUUAAAUUGCGUGUAUAGAGGGAUAAUCCAUGCCAUUAACCAAAGAAAUGACUGAAUUAGUUUAAAAAACAAAAUAAAACAACACUCCAUACAUUUCGGCGAUCAAAAACAACACUCUCUCUUUUCUCUCUCCUCCUACCUGUUAGCUGUUACAGUUCAAUUCACCUCUUCAAUGGAGAAAUCACACAAUCAACGAUCAUCGCCGCCGUCAAAACAACCCUUCACCACCACCACCACCACCACCUUCGCAAAAACCUCUGCAUCAAUGGAUGCCAAGCAAAUCAUCGACAUCUUACCUUCUUACAUCUCUCUCUACAAAAACUCCUCUUCUAACCCGACCCGAAACCCAAACCCGAACCCAGAAAAAUCCGCCAUUUUGAAAUGGUUUUCUGCUCUCUCUCCUCCCCAAAGACUGGCCCACCUCACCAUUGUUGACCCCACUUUCACUCAGCUUCUUCUCCGCAUGCGUUCCCACCUCUUUCUCUCUCCUCACGUGACCUUCUUCCUCCUCCCUGACCUUCCUUCAGAGGAUUCUCAACCCACCAUUUGUACUCGCCGAUCUCGUGGGUUACUCGCUCGAGUGGCAGAUUCGAAUGAGUCGAGUCGUUUGCUUCGAUCUUCGAUUCUCCUGUUUUCCUCUUCUGAGUGUUCUGGGGUUUCUUCGGGUGCUGAAACCCUCGACACGGUGACGUUUCGUGAGGGGUUUGUUGAGGAAUUUGAUCAGUUUGUUCGGGUUAUGGACCGGGUUUCGGACUCGGGUUUUUUAAAUGGGUCGAAUUCGGAUUGGGUUGAGUUGGGGAAUGAGUGGCCUGAGUUGGGGUGGUUGAAGGGUAAAGGGUAUUAUAGUCUCGAGGCGUUCGUGGCGAAUCGGGUUGAGGUGGCGUUGAGGUUGGCGUGGGUGAAUGGUAGUGGUGGGAAGAAGAGAGGGAUGAAGUUGAAAGAGAAGGCUAACAAUGCUGUUGGAUUGGGGGUAAAUGCGUAUUGGAGGAAGAAAGGGUGUGUUGAUUGGUGGGAGAAGUUGGAUGAUGGUAUGAAAAGGAAAGUGUUUCGGAUGGUUUUGGGGAAGACCGCGAAAUCUAUGACGGGUGAAAUCUUAAAAGGCGCUGAUGGGAGCAUGGAGAACGGAUUGUGGAAUUUCGGUUUAGCGGAGGAGCAAUCUGUGAGAUACAGAGAUCAAAAUGCACCCACUACAGAGCAUUUACAAAGACGAGCAGAAUUAGGCUUGACAUCUGAUCUAGUUUCACCUUCUUCCAGGCCACCUACCAUAUUAAGGCAUGUUGUGAACCGGUUGUUUGUGCUUCAGGUUAUAAUUGAAAUGGCACUAACUUGCCCUCAUGAUAACUUUAAUAAGGAGAAGAUCUUUUUCAGCUCUUUGGAAUCUGUAAAUAUGAUUGCAGAUGGCAUAUUGAGCAAAUUGAGAGGAUUACUUAUGGCUGUUUCACUUGAUUACAUUAAAUUUGAACUAAUGGAUGAGGAGAAUCAUUAUAUUGUGGCAAACAAAUCAAAGGAGAAGCAGGGUGGAACUCAACGUAAGAAGAAGGGGAAGAAUCGUAAUUCUAAAAAGAUUAAUCCAGCUAUAAGGAAUUGCGAUAAUGCCUUUGUACUUGACAAGACUCAUGAGGUAAAGGACCAGACGUCGGCUCCUGAGAGGUCACAAACUUCUCCCGUAAAGAAGGGAAAACAAAAUAAAAAGAAGUUGCGUGGGAAGCCGGAUGCUUCAAGUAAAGUCCUCAACACUUCAGCUGAAACACAGACUGCUUUCUCUUCCUGUACCACCACAGAAUGUGAGAAAGAACAUAUCUCUACAGAUAACGCUGCUGGUAUGAAAAAGUUGUCAAAUGACACUUCUAUUAGUUGUCUGAAUGGUCAGCAGAAUUUAGCUCCUUGCUAUGGAAAGGCUGGAUGUACAGAGGUCAAUCUGUGUAGCUCUGAACGAGGUGAUAUAACAUCUUCUGUGGGAGACCAACAUAGUCCCAGGAUUGACUGUCACUUACUUUCGAAUAAGCUGAAGAAUGCUGUAGUUCCCAACAUGGAAACUGAUCAUCAUUUAGCGGAAUCUGAUAUGAGUCCUGUUGAAUUGACGACAGAGUUUCAAAGUGUUCAUGAAGCUAAUUCUGAUGGAGACCCUGUUACAGUGGCUGCAGCAGAGUAUCAGAAUAAUCAAAUUGCUCAAAAAGACGAUGAUGGUCAUGAGGACCAUGCUUCCUGCAGCACAAAUGCCAUGUCAUCGUGUGGAAAAACCGUGGAUGAUAAAAGUAAAACAAACCUGAUCCGUGAACAAGAUAACCAGAGUUGGUAUAAUGGUGAAGCUGUAAUUCCUGCAUAUUAUCCCUCAUAUGAAUGGCCUACUGUGGCCCCUAAUCGUUUGGCUGGCUUCGAUUCACAUCAUCUUCCACCUGCUACAGACAGAUUGCAUUUGGAAGUUGGUCACAACUGGCAAAAUCAUUUUCAACAUUCUUUCAUACGACAGAUGCAUCAGACAAGUUCUAAUAUUGGAGGACAGAUGGGUAGGAUUAUGCCACAACCAUUACCAGCUAGUUUAGAUUGGUCCCCUGUUGUACAGACUUGUAAUUAUGAUUCUCCAUUUAUUUCAAGGCGUCAAACUGGAAAACAACAAAGCUUUGCUGCCCAAAGUCCCCAUAAAGGUGCUUUAAGUAGUGAAGAAGAAAGAAAAUACUUUGCAGAUUACUUUGACUUCUCUGAACCACCUAGCGCACAAGAGUUAGCUGAUGAAUAUGAUAGCCAUUGGGUAUCAGAAGAAGAAUAUGAAGUCCAUGCUGUCUCUGGCAAAGACUACAAUCAGUUCUUUGGUGGCGGCGUCAUGUAUUGGAAUCCUUCUGAUUAUCGGGGAGCUAGUUUCUCUCGCCCUCCUUCACUUAGUUCUGAUGACAGUUCAUGGGCUUGGCGUGAAGCUGACAUGAAUAGGACUGUUGAUGACAUGGUUGCAUUUUCAUCAUCUUAUAGUACAAAUGGACUAAACUCCCCAUCUGCUGCUCCUUUUUGCUCUCCUUUCGAGUCUUUGCCUCCAGGACAUCAACCAAUCGGCUAUGUUAGGUCCGGGAAUGAAGGGAAAAUGGUUCAUAGCUCUUCAACAAUGACAGACUUGGAGUUGGAAGAUAAAAUUCCAGGAUCUUUGGCCAGUAUAUCUGGUGAUUGUGAUGCCAAAUCUGGAGAUUCGCUUCCUUACCCAAUUCUCCGGCCUAUAAUAAUUCCAAGUAUAUCAAGGGAAAGGUCAAGAUCCGAGUUCAAGUGUAAUCGUGAAUUAAGAAGUCCUCGCGUUCCUCCAAACAGGUGUGAACAUCCUCGAAUUAAACGCCCACCUUCACCUGUAGUGCUUUGUGUUCCACGUGCUCCCCGUCUUCCUCCACCUUCUCCUGUAGGAGACUCCAGAAAACAUAGAGGCUUUCCAACUGUUAGGUCUGGUAGUUCCAGCCCGAGGCACCUGGGUGUAAGAGGAUGGUUUCAUGAUGGGACUAACGUUGAAGAAGCUUGUGUACGUGUUGAUGGUGCUGAAGUAAUGUGGCCAUCUUGGAAAAAUAAGAACUUUGCUGCUCGGAAAAUGGUUCAGCCUUUGCCGGGAGCAAUACUGCAAGAUCGCUUAAUUGCAAUCUCCCAGUUAACUCAUGAUCAAGAACAUCCAGAUGUUGCUCUUCCCCUGCAACCACCUGAGUUUGUAAAUUGCUCAAAACAGAAGGCGUCUCUCCCGUUGAUGCACAAUCUUCUUCAUGAAGAAAUUGACUACUUUUGUAAGCAGGUUGCUACCGGGAAUUUAAUUAGGAGACCUUAUGUUAAUUGGGCGGUGAAGCGGGUGACACGUUCGCUCCAAGUUCUCUGGCCUCGUUCCAGGACCAAUAUAUUUGGUUCCAAUGCCACUGGCUUGUCCCUUCCGACAAGUGAUGUGGAUCUUGUGGUUUGUCUUCCUCCAGUGAGAAACUUGGAGCCUAUUAAGGAAGCUGGAAUCUUAGAAGGUCGUAAUAGCAUAAAGGAAACAUGUCUACAACAUGCUGCUCGAUACCUGGGAAAUCAGGAAUGGGUAAAAGCAGAUUCUUUGAAGACCGUGGAGAAUACAGCGAUCCCCAUUAUCAUGCUAGUAGUGGAUGUUCCACAUGAUUUUGUUACUGCAACUGCUGCGCCUACUGUGCACAUUUCCUUAAGGGGUCAAAAUAAGCUGAAUGAUGGACGAUCUGUUGAUAAAAAUGAUAAUAUUGGCUCAGACAGUGCUCCUCAACCGACUCACUCAAAAGUUAUCAACUGUGACAAAGAUUGUAUAUCAGUUCGUCUAGACAUUAGUUUUAAGUCACCCUCACAUACAGGGCUGCAAACAACUGAAUUGGUUAAACAGCUUACUGACCAGUUUUCUGCUGCCAUUCCCCUGGCUUUGGUACUAAAGCAAUUUUUAGCAGACCGUAGCCUUGAUCAAUCGUACUCGGGAGGCUUGAGUUCAUACUGUUUGGUUUUGCUGAUUACACGUUUUCUUCAGCAUGAGCAUCAUCAUUGCCGGCCUAUUAACCAAAACCUUGGGAGUCUUUUCAUGGAUUUUCUUUACUUCUUUGGGAAUGUGUUUGAUCCUCGACAAAUGCGUGUCUCAAUACAAGGGAGUGGGUUAUAUAUAAACAGAGAAAGAGGAUGCAGCAUUGAUCCAAUCUACAUCGAUGAUCCUUUGUUUCCAACAAAUAACGUGGGGAAGAAUUGCUUCCGGAUUCAUCAGUGUAUCAAGGCAUUUGCAGAUGCUUACGCUACUUUGGAAAAUGAGCUAACCUGUCUUUUAGCUGAGGGUGAUGCAAACACAACACAGCAGUACCGACUGCUUCCAAAGGUCAUCCCAAGUAUAAGUCUUCCAUAGUGGUCCAUCUCAUGUGUUGUGAUGAGCUGAUGACUGUGGCACCCACCUCUACUCCAAUUCUAUUGUUUCCCUCCAGUGCUUGGUUGAGGUGUUUUGCUUUGAUAACUGGAAAGACUGAUUAUUGGAGUUGGCUUAACCAGGACCCAAGAUGUUUCAUGGCAAGAUGCUUCAUGCUUGGUCAUUCAUUGCACUUAGAAUGGUACUGCAAAACAUGGGCACAUGUCCUUUAUCUCUGAUUUCAAUGGUCGGAGGCUUGUUGCUUAUUAAGUUGGAGUUUGUCAAGUAUAUGCAAUGUUGAAGGUGAAUAUGCUGCGAGCUGAUGGAUGCUUCACCUGCUUGGAUAUAUCCUUAGACCUUGUAUUAUGCAUGGUCCUCCUGUUGUCACUUGUCAGUAGAGCUUGCAGAGCUCACCUCUGAAUACAGAAAACUUAAGUUGACGAGAAGAGAGUGCUAUGCUGUAACCACUUCUGGUCGAAGUUAACUUGAGUUAGAUAUCUGAUUGACUUAGUUUGAGAGACGGGAUACUUUCUUGGCUGUUUAAAAAUAGAUUUGGGUAAGGGAACAAGAUCUAUUGAUCAAAUCUCCGAACUACUUGACUUCAUUCUUCACCAAAUAUUGUCAUUUUAUCGAAAAAAGAGGCCACUGAGCCACUCAAACUGAUCUUUUAACCUAGAGGUGGCAAUAUGUUUGUUUGGGAGACCCUUAUUAUAGAUUGCAAUGAGUGGUUUUUGGAAGAGAAUUGGAUAUACUUAAACCAAUCAGAGAGUGAAGUUCAUGAGUUAUGCUGAUGGAAAACUGCAUUGAUUUCAUGGUGGGAAUCUGUGUGGAAAAGUUUCGUAUAUUUAUGUGAUCCUUGUGGGCCAUUCAGCCCCUCAAUUGGUUACUGGUCGAGGGUUUGGCGUGUUCGGGAUCUGUGUAUGUACGGAUUCUAUGAUCUGCCGAUGAAGCUACUUGCAAUGUCAUCACUGACACUUAGAGAGGUGGUCUUUUCACAAGCGGCCGUCUUGACAGGUAUGCUGCUAAGCUCUGCUUUUCUUAUCAAGGAUACAAAUUCAAGAUCUGAUCCCUCCAUUCAUUCAAUAAAAAUUCUCUUUGAAGAACAGUUCUGUCCUUGAAAUAUGUGGUCAUGAAUCAUGAUAAAGUGAAGAUGAUAGUGCAUUGUCCUCGUAAAGUCGUAAAGAAAAAGUCGAGAAUUUUAGCAAAAUUUUAUAGUCAUACUGAUUUAUGAAGCCAUUAUUGUAAACCUUACUGCUCUUUUGUGUAUUCUUACAGUUUUUAAACUGAAACUUAAUCCUCAAUCGAAUUUUGUAUUCAGUCGUAUUGAAAAUAUAAAGAGUAGGUUAAUUUUUAUUUUUUUUA